GGUCAAUACAAGCUGGAAUCUUCUCAAAUUAUUGCCUAAAGAUAUGAAUUGUUUCAUCUUUCUCUCGCCCAUCGCAGGUAUCAACGGAUCUCCCGAACAAAGUAAUUACGCAGCGGGCUGUACCUUUCAAGACGUUUUAGCAAGAUCCCGGUCCGCUGCUGGAUAUCGAGGCUCCGUUGCAAUAAACCUAGGCUGGAUGCGUACCAUCGGUAUCAUUGCUGAGACAAAAGAACCUCAACGUAGCCAUCAAAAUGUCGGUGAUAUGUCCCAAGUUGAAGCCGAUUUCUUUGUUCUGCUCGAGCAUUAUUGUAACCCGUUGCUCCCCCUCUCAGCACCCCAGGAUAGCCAAGUUCUGAUUGGUGUGGUCACGCAAGCCCACGUCCAUGCUCGGGACGAUGCGCCAAUCGAUGCUUUAAAACGACCUUUCUUUGCUAGCUUCAACGCUCCUCAGCUUUAUGAUGUGAAACAGCACGAGUCUACCGUCGCAACUCAGGAAGACCGGGUUGUCCUUUUCUGGCAAGCGGUGCCCCCCCAAGACCGCAGCAUAGUGGCUGUGUCGGUCCUUAAAGCAAGGCUGGCGCGGGCAUUGGACGCCUCAGUGGAUGAUGUAGAUUCUCAUCGCAAUUUAUUGGACUAUGGGUACAGACUCGUUGGUUGGUAUGAAGCUGCGUAAUUUGAUUCGGAAAGACCUCGGGGUCUCUGUCGCUAUUUUUGACCUGCUUGGUGGUGCCGACACUGCGACAAUAGGGGAUUUGAUCGCGAAGAAAUUAACAGACCAAAUUGAGGUUGAGUUGAGUAAUAUCGUACGGGAAACACAAUAGGAAGAUGCAUCUCGUAAUCGUGUUGGUUUAUCCA